AUGGAUUCCUCAUCAUCUUCACCCACAAGAAUCAUCAUGAGAGACGCUGAAUCAAGUGCUAGCCAGUUCUUAAGUGGUGAACAAGAAACAACUAAUCAUGUAGCAAAAACAAACAAUGUUGAGAGUGAGCAAGUAAUUGCAGAUGAUAGGGCAAUCUUACUCACAUUUCCUGGAGGAUACCCAGUCUCUAAAGCAGAACUGCAUGCCUACUUCACCAGGAGAUUUGGUGAUAUUAUAGAAGCCAUAGACAUGGGUGAAGGGGGAAGGGAUGACCAAGCGCCGCAUGCAAGGAUGGUGUUACAUUCUGCCGCCAAGGUUCCAGAGAUUGUAAGCGAUGGAGUAUGCAGGAGCGAAUUCAUCAUUAAUGGAAAACAAGUUUCGGCUCGAAGAUUCAAUCACAAAGCCUCCAAUUAG